UAGUACUACGCCGCCCAUCAUUCAUCGUAGCAUCUCUCACUCACGCACACAGUCUGUAGAUAUUAUUAAUUUAUUAUUAUAUACUCUCUUUCUCUAUAUAUAAACAAACAAACUCACGCUUCUCAAAGCAAAAACCCAAGCCCGGUUCUCUCUCUCGCUCUGCUUGAGAAUCAAAGAAAGAGAGAGAGACACUAAGAAGAAGAAGAACAUGCAGAUCUUUGUGAAGACUCUCACUGGGAAAACCAUCACUCUCGAGGUCGAGAGCAGUGACACCAUCGACAAUGUCAAAGCCAAGAUCCAGGACAAGGAAGGUAUCCCCCCGGACCAACAGAGGCUGAUUUUUGCUGGUAAGCAAUUGGAAGAUGGUCGAACUCUUGCUGAUUACAACAUCCAAAAGGAGUCGACACUUCACCUGGUUUUGAGACUUCGGGGAGGAACUAUGAUUAAGGUGAAGACUUUGACAGGAAAAGAAAUUGAGAUUGAUAUCGAACCAACUGAUACCAUUGAUCGGAUCAAGGAACGGGUUGAGGAAAAAGAAGGAAUUCCUCCUGUUCAGCAAAGGCUUAUCUACGCUGGUAAGCAGCUUGGAGAUGACAAAACAGCUAAAGACUACAAUAUUGAGGGUGGUUCUGUCCUUCAUCUGGUGCUUGCACUGAGAGGUGGCAGUUGUUAAGUGGUACUAUCAUAGGAAACCAGUUGAGGUACUAUGUGUACCGAUACUUUUAUGAACGUGUAAGUUGCAUGCGUGUGGAUAAAACCAAAAUGUGGCAGUAAACUUGUUCUAAGGAACUAUUCUGGUACCAAAUGCUGUUAAUUCGCCUUAUUUUCUACAUCUACUGUUAACUUUUUGUGCAUGUACAAUAUUUUGAAUUUUGAUAUGCAUUUCUAAUUUUAGAUGGCCGUAGGCCAUCAAUUUUAUGGAAUUGAGAUUUCUCUUAUGAAUU